GUUUUAGCGAAUCCUUGGGCAUCGUACUCGAGCCAAAUUUCAUUGUGCCUCGAAGAACUUGUUACAUAUUUACUCUUCGGCCGUGUGAAGAAGAGACAAAAUGCCUGGAAGGAAGUGGACAUCUCAGCCAGCGGCUGGUCCCGCGGCCGGGCGCACUCGAGCUCCCAAAAAUCCCCAGAAACGUUCUUUGAAUGCUUUCUCCAUUGCAUCUCACCAGAAUCCUGAGCGCAUGAAGGUCCGACCGCAUCGGCUUGGGGACAUUGAUGAAGAUAAUGGAAGAAGAAAAAGACAAAAGUUAGAUGGAGCGGGCAGUAACGAUUAUACGCAGGAGCGGUCUGAUGACGACGGAAUUGACGCCGAAGACGGCAGCGACAGUGAGGGCAACGAGUGGCGCCUAGGCCAAGUAGACAGUGACGACGACAGCGACCUUGACAGUGAAGAGGCAUUUGGUGAAAGCGACGACGAUCGGUUUGAGGGCUUUACCUUCAGAGGCAGUUCCAGCAACAAGAAUUCAAAGAAGAAAAAAGCUCCUAACGCCGACAUCGACCUCAACGAGAACGAGGAGGAUGACGCCGGAAGCAACGGAUCUGAUGAAGAUGGCGAUAGCUUGGGCGAGGAUGCUGUGGACCUCGCAACUAUGCUAGAUAAUGACGAGGAAGAAUCUGGCAGCGAGCAAGCGUCAAAAGCAAAAUCCUCUCGCAAAGCUGCGGCCUCUGAUGGAGAACAGGAGAGCAAUGAGGAUUCCGAAAACUCAGAGGAAGAAUCAGACGAUGAAGGCUCUGCGUUCUCAAUGUCUGAUGAUGAGGGGCAAGGUGAGGACCUGGCCCGACUCUCGGCAUUGCAGAGCCUGGUGUCGAACCUCCCGUCGGGCUCCACAGACCAAACCAACAAACGUCACCAGGGCACAGAUGCACAUGAAUCGACCGCCCCUUCGGACUACGCUUUGAACGCCUCACAGAAGCUCUCCAUUGCCGAUCUUCUCCCUUCCGUGACCGACCCUGGCCUUAAAAAGUCCCUUAAGCUUCUCUCAUCCGAACAACAAAAGGCGCCCAGCAAGCGAAAUGGUAUCCCAGGCAAGCUUGAAGCUCCUCUUCCAAAGCGCCAGCAGGACCGACUUGACCGAGAGGCGGCAUACGAGAAGAGCAAGGAGACUCUGGACCGAUGGAUAGAUACUGUCAAACAUAAUCGAAGGGCGGAACAUUUAUCUUUCCCGCUUGCCGACCCGAGCGCCGAUGCGGCACAGGGUCGUGGUCGGUCGUUGGCUACUACUUCUACCCAACCUCUAACCGAGCUCGAAUCUGCAAUUCACGAAAUAAUGCAACAGAGCGGUUUGGCGGAUCAGAAUGGCAAGUCUGAGGAGGACCAGAUACGAGAGUUUGAGGAGUUAAAGGCAAAUAAACUUCCUCUUGAAGAGGUUCAAGCCAGGAGGGCAGAGCUUCGCAAAGCUCGGGAACUACUUUUCCGAGAGGAAUCUAGGGCGAAAAGGAUCAAGAAGAUCAAGAGCAAGUCCUACCGCAGGGUACAUCGGAAACAACGAGAGAGGGAGGAGCAGGCUGAGCGAGAUGCGCUUACGGCUGCUGGUGUUGAGAUGUCCGAGGAUGAGGCUGAGCGCGUACACCGCAGAAGGGCCGAAGAACGAAUGGGUGGUCGACAUAAGUCAAGCAAGUGGGCCAAAGGGGUCAAAGAAAGUGGAAGGGCUGCAUGGGAUGAUGAUGCAAGACAUGGUGUCACGGAAAUGGCGCGAAGGGAUGACGAUCUUAGACGCCGUAUCGAAGGAAAGACAGUUCGCAAUGAAAGCGAGAGCGGCUCAGAUCUUUCUGACGAAGAUGACCAAAUCUCCGAAGGAGAGGACGAAGAAGAUAGCGAUGAAGCUUCUGCAGGUAGACUUCGGCGGCAGCUUGAUCGGGCUGACGGAGAACCUACGCCAGAUGGCAACGGACGAUCAAUCGGUUCCAAGCUUGCCAAUAUGAAAUUUAUGCAACGAGCGGAGGCAGCCCAGAAAUUGCAAAAUGAUGCCGAGGCAGCACAGUUACGAAGAGAGUUAGCAGGAGAAGAAACGUCAUCCGCAGAAGAAGACGAUGAUUCAGCGCAUGUGGGACGCAGAAAGUUCGGGCCCGCUUCAAACGUCACCACUCCUCUUCAAAAGGGCACUCCUCGCAAUGAAUUUGAGGAACGACUAGAUUCAGAGGAUGAGCCAGAAGAAGAAUCAAAAAAGGAAGAUGAUGAUGUUGAAAUCAUCCUUGACAAAGAGUCUACACACAAGCCUACUUCUGUACAAGCUCGCAAAUCUGCAACCGAACAGAGACUCAGUCGGCAGCCCAAGAAUUCGACGCAGCUUCCUGACGCUGACACGCAAGAAAACCCUUGGCUAGUUGCUCCUGCGAAAAAGACCGCGGCAGAACACUCGGCUCCAGUCCUCGGCCUUAAUACUGGGGUGUCACACCCAUCAAAAUCCGGAUUCGGACAGUCCAAAGGCAAACCCUCGGCGGAGAAAUCGGGCAAAUCUGCUCCUAAGUCUCAGGCCAGCGGAAAGCAACAAAGUGCUGUAGUCAUCGGCCAAGAAGAAGAUACAAGUGAUAGUGAGGAUUCUGAAGCUGGUAAUCCUCAACUACCAUUUGUGUUGCGCAACCAAGAUCUCGUGAAGAAGGCCUUUGCAGGAGAUGAGGUUGUGGCAGAUUUUGAAGAUGAGAAGAAGCAAACAGCUGAGGAUGAAGAUGAAAAGGUUGUUGAUAAUAUGCUUCCUGGCUGGGGUAGCUGGGCGGGUGCCGGCGUAAGCAAGAAACAGGAGAAACGAAACAAAGGCAGAUUUUUGAGCAAGGAAGAAGGCAUCAAGAAAGAUCAGCGCAAAGAUGCGAAGCUGGACCGCGUGAUUAUCAAUGAGAAACGGGUGAAGAAGAAUGCCAAAUAUCUCGCUUCAAGCCUCCCUCAUCCUUUUGAGACGCGCCAGCAAUAUGAAAGAUCCUUGCGUCUUCCUGUCGGACCAGAAUGGACGACGAAAGAAACCUUCCAGUCGGCGACGAAGCCACGCGUCAUGGUCAAACGAGGAGUCAUCACACCUAUGGAUCGGCCCACGGUUUGAAGCAAUUUUUUUUUUCUUUUGCGUCGAGUAGUUUGUAGAAUGUUAUCAAAAGUUACCUUUCAUUACGCACAAAUAUGGUGGGGCGUCGUCAUGAUGGGAUUUCCUCUAUACAUGCCCAUCCAUCCC